UAGAUAAGGUUUGAUUUCGAAUGGUGUGGGAAAUACCAAGUGAAGUUUUGACGUGAAACGCUAUUGCAAUAAGCUUAAAGGAGUUGUUUUUUAGAUGUCUCUGGACCGUUCAGAGGCUGAGUCGUGCGCGACGGGCGGCCUUGCGAGUUUACGCGACCGAACUGAAACUCCGUUUCAGAAGUGUUAUAUUUAAUUAGUAUUAAGUGGUUGUUCUGUGUACUAAUGAGAUGUUUGUGAUGGUUUUUGGGACUUUCUGAUUUUGAGGAGCGGUUGACGUACCCAACGGCGGAUAAUUUCAUUAAAAGUGUAGCAAUCUAUUUAGUGGCCAAAUAAAUUACUUUUAUUGCGCGUCAUAAAUUACAGACGGCCGAUGUCAUAAAAAAGUGCGGGCCAUAACUGUCUGAUUUCGUUUAUCUCGAGCCACGUUUGUUUCUAAGGACUGUGCUGUGUUUGUGAUGUUGCGAGUAGCUGCCAUAAAAGGCGGCGUUGCCGAUAAUUCCAGUAGAAAUGGGGUGGGGCCAUAAAAUAGAGUUAUUUUUCUUCCGCGGAGACAAGAUGCUUCUGACGCUGUACUCUGCGCUGCUUCUCUGGAGAAUCGACUGCGUCGUCGAGAGCACUAAAGUGGUGAAAAGCAGCAUCCGCCACCAAACAACGUCGCCACUCAGCCGAGUGGGGCCGACGGUCUCGCUCCGGGACACGGAGCCCGACUUCGCGGGGCCCAUUCAGAAUGUCACCGUCGCCAUCGGGAGGGAGGCGGUGCUUACUUGCUCUGUGCGCGAUCUGGGGGAUUUUAAGGUGGCGUGGAUCCGCGCCGACGACCAGACAAUCCUAACGUUGCACACGCGGCUAGUCACUCACAGCUCGCGGUACGCGGUCACUAACGACUCUCCGGGAUCCUGGCAGCUGCACAUCCGACCUCUGAAGGUGGAAGACCGCGGAUGCUACAUGUGCCAGAUCAACACCAGUACGAUGAAGAAGAUGAUCGGAUGCGUCGAUGUAUUAGUUCCACCAAACAUCGUAGACGAAGGCACCAGUGGCGAUCUGGUGGCGAGAGAGGGGGAAGACGUGAGUCUCUCCUGCAUGGCUGAAGGUCGGCCUCACCCUCGCAUACUGUGGCGAAGGGAAGACGGCACCAACAUUCAGCUGAGGGAUGAGACGGGGGAACUACAUAAAGUGGACAUGUUCAUGGGUCCGAACCUCAAUCUGACGAAGGUGGAGCGACGGCAGAUGGGAGCGUAUCUCUGCAUCGCGUCCAAUGACGUCCCACCUUCGGUCUCCAAGCGCAUCAUGCUUAAUGUUAAUUUUGCCCCUUCAAUAGUGGUGGCGACAAAGGUAAUAGGAGUGCCGACUGGGUCUGAAACGAGACUGGAGUGUUUCGUCGAGGCCUACCCUCAGGCCAUAAACUAUUGGCUAAAGAGCGGCCAGGAAAUGAUACUUUCGGGAGGACGACAUAACCUCAGCGACGACCGCGCUCUGCCGUACCAGACACGAAUGGUGCUCAACAUCUCAGAUUUCAGAGGCGAAGACGCCGGUACCUACACCUGUGUGUCUACCAAUACUAUGGGCAAAACGGAAGGCACUAUCAGACUUUAUGAAAUAAAAAUAACAACAACAACAUCCACGACGACGACGACAACAACAACGACGACAACGACAACUACAACAACGACGACAACUCCGCCGCCGACGACCACAGAAUACUACCCGUCUCGAUACGUGGUACCUUUGCAGCCGGCUGAACAAAAGCACACUCAAGCGCAAGACGCAACUACUUACGAUACAAUGCAAAACGUCAUCGAGCAGUCCGUCCUGGACAACAACUGGCUACCGACCGCCGAGUCCACGGGCUCCAGAGCACACCAGGCCCUACCGCUGCCAACCCUGGCCGCCUUCUUAGCGCUUCCCCACUUCAACUCUAUUAUACAUGGUAGUCUCCAAAUAAUAUACUCAAUACUCUCUAACAACAUGAACGCAAGAUGA